CCAUAAAAUUUCAAUUUUAGGUAUGCAAAAUACACAUAGUACAUUUAUCCUUUACAAGAAGAACUUGAUACAAUUCCAUUACCACCUGAAGCAAAGGAGUUUGAGAACAUGCCCAAAGCCCAGUGUACAACCUGCAAGAAAAUGGUUCCUCUUCAGAUUCUUCCAUUACAUAUCAAGGAAUGCAAGACAGAAUUUGUAGAUUUGUCCUCUUCUGCGGAAGAGGAAAGCUGCAACGAAGAACGUGAAGAUGAAUUACCAGAUUCCAUUAGCAGCCAGGAAGGCAAGUCAGCAGAAUGUCCUGUGUGCAACAAUGCAUUUCAAGCUGACAUAAUUGAGAUCCAUGCAGCCACAUGCGGAUUACGACCUACAGAAAAUGACGGCCAUGAGUCAAGUGGAUCAGUGCCAGUCAGUCAAAUCAGUACCUUUCAAAGGCCUGCUUUCAUCCCUUACAAUUUCACCAGUAUAGGAGUGCUGAGGAAAUCUUGGAUUGGAUCGCUUUACAAGUUAAUGAAACAGACACAUUUUCCAUCUGUGUGUCGAGAACUGACUUCUUCAGCAGAGGCAUGCAACAAUGGCAGCGGCAGAAGAAGACAUCACCCAAAUGUAGACUUAAGGUCACAUUCUUUGGCAGGCAUCGACACUGGGGCCCUUAGCAGAGAAUUCCUCACAGAAAUGCUAGCAGAGAUUGAAAACAGACUCUUUGUUGGAGGGCCAGAUAAGAAAGGGAAGAAUCCUGUGUAUUGUCUCAACAGUUUGGACUCUAACUACUUCAGGAGUGCAGGAGAGGUCAUGGCAGCUAGCCUGGCACAAGGCAGACCUUGUCCUAACUUCACGCGCGAGUGGUGCUUCAAAUAUCUCUGCUCCGGUGACUCCGACAGCAUUCUAGUGUCUGCCAGUGAUGUAACAGAUUAGAACUGUCACUGCUUAUUGAGAGGAUAAACAGCGCCACUAAUGAUAACAUCAGUGACCUGGUCGAUGAUAUUGUGACCUGCGGAUACACUGGACUCAUGUCCAUUGAAAAAAGAGACAGCAUGAUCAGAACUGUCAUACUUCACUCCACCAUGAGAGUCCUCCCCAUGCUUGACCAGCUCAGAAAAGGCCUGCAGCUGUAUGAUCUCCCAAAAGUCAUGAAGAGUCAUCAAGAUCUCUGCCAAAAACUGUUCAUUCCAGGGGAAGAUGAUGAGGCGGAUGCAGCCUUCCUUCUGGAGAUCAGCUCCGUCCUGUCUACAGUGAAACUGGUUCUGCCAAGCACCAAAAGGAAGUAAACAUCAUGAACUUUCUCCAGGACUUCUUCCAGGACAUUGAGGAUUCUGAACAUGAGGGCCCCAGCAACAGCAGCGUUACUCCAGAAGGCUUGACUGUAGGAUGACUGGACAACGACACAAGCCUGUUCUGCCAAGUGAGAAGGACUUUGUCAUAAAUAUGAAAUUCCACCAUGACUGUGACACAGAACACACAGUUUGUUUUCCAACUGUAAGCACCUGCAGUCGUACAGUCACAUUCCCUUCAGCUCACCUGAAAACAUACAGUGAAUUCAAUAACAUUAUGACACUAGCCGUACGCCACGGGCAAACUUUUGACAGGGUGUAGCCACUCAGAUUAAAGGAAAACAACUAGAACUGCAACAUUUCAUUCUUUCAUCAUUUUAUUUGACAACUUCCUGUUUGUCAUCUUUUUUUGUUUUCACUGUUACAAAACCAUUGCUUUUCUAUUAAUGAUUGUUUACUCCAAAGUUAGUUUUUACCUCCAUGUUACUCUUCAGAAUACCCACAGUCAUUUUUUGUUUUUGAGUCAAGUUGGAAAAGUCACAAAUAUAAUUCUUAUGACUCUUGUGGAGAUUUCAUGGAAAAGUUUUAAAUAAAUGUUGGGACUCCUGUCUCAUGUUAAACUGAA